AUGUCUCCAACGCCGCCUUCCACAACCUCCUCGAGCGUCGAGUCGCCCGAGUUCCGAGUGAUUCGCAAGCGCAACCGUGUGCCUCUGUCGUGCGGCCCGUGCCGUCACCGCAAGCUGAAAUGCAACCGCUCCCAUCCGUGUGAGAACUGCGUCAAGCGCGGCGACGCCGCUUCAUGUACCUAUGCGCAGACAGUUACGCGCAAGAAGAACGCCCCCCAGCAGACGGCGACUACUCCCGAUGAUAUGCAAAAUCGCAUCGACCGACUGGAGGGCUUGGUGUUGUCGUUGAUGACCAACGGCUCUCAGUCGGCCGGUCCGGCGGCGGCCUUGGCGGCUAUCACAGGGGACAGCAGUGCGGACUCGGCUCAUCCUUCCAACGAGUUUGAUAUUGAUAUCGACGACGAUGACAAUGAUGGCCCGGAGGAAAGUGAUACAGAGCAGGUUACCAAGUCCUUCGGGAUCAUGAAGGUGGACAACCACAACAAAUCCUAUUACAUCAGUGAUGCUCACUGGGCCUCUGUGCUGAAUGAUAUUUCUGAAGUGCGGAAUUUCUUUACAUCACACAAGAAACAAUAUGAGGAGCAGGCAGAGAAGGUCAAGGGUCAGCAGCCGCCCACAGAUGUUUCAGAGUCAACACUGCUAUUUGGUGCCAUGAAACCCAUGACUCGGCCUGAAAUUUUGUCGUCUUUGCCGUCCAAGUACACGUGUGAUAUGCUUGUUGCCCGCUACUUCAAUACCUACGACCCUGCAACUCAUGUUCUUCAUGCUCCUACAUUCCAAGCACAGUACAACAAACACUGGGAAGACACGUCUCAAAGUUGUAUUGUCUGGAUCAGCAUGCUCUUUGGCAUGAUGCGACUGGCCAUGCUGUCCUAUAGCCGGGAAGGCGACGAGCCUCCCGAGUUCCGGGGCAAGUCUAUAGACAUGGCCAGUGCAUUUCGAAAUUCCGUGGCCCAGUGCUUGACCCUAGCUGACUAUACCAAACCCUACCCUUAUCUCAUCGAAUCGCUCGUGUUCCACCUGCAUGGCGAUUUCUCCCAGACUCGAGAUGCCUCGGUGUCCGUUUGGGUGCUGACGGGUGUGAUUACUCGACUGGCAAUGCGGAUGGGAUAUCAUCGGGACUCCAAGAUGUUCCCCAACAUAACUCCGUUCCAGGGCGAGAUGCGACGACGAGUGUGGACCUUUGUCCGCUCUGCGGAUCUGCUAUUUUCAUUUCAGGUCGGACUGCCGAGCAUGAUCCGCAGCACCGACAGUGACACGGAACUCCCGCGGAAUCUCUAUGACGACGAUUUUGAUGAAAACUGCAAGGAGCUGCCUCCUCCCCGGCCGCUAAAUGAGCCGACCUCAAUCUCAUAUCUGAUCGCUAAAGGCCGUCUGGCACAGGCUUUUGGCCGCGUCGUUGAGCACACAUCUUCUGUUGCAUCUAGCUCUUACGACAAGGUGAUGGAAAUUGACGCCGAUCUCCGUCGUGCAAGGGAUUUGAUUCCUGAGCAUCUGCAAAUUCGGCCCAUGGAAGAGUGCCAGAUGGAUCCGGCCAAUCUCAUCUCGUCACGGUUCAGUAUCAUGAGUGUGUAUAACAAGGCACAAUGUGUGUUGCAUCGACCGUACCUGGUACGGGCGCGUGAUAAUCCCCGUUUCACAUACUCCCGACGUACAUGCAUCGACUCGGCCAUGGAUAUAUUGAGCUUCCAGAAGAUCCUCUCCGUAGAAAAUGGCCCGACGGGGCGCCUACGGAGGGGACAGGGCCGAGUCUCGUCUUUGACAUCAGCAGACUUCCUGCUUGCUGCCUCCAUCGUCUGUCUUGAUUUGUACCAAGGAUUCCAGCUUCAGGCAACUGGACGACCAUCUGGAGACACGUAUACCUGGGGUCGAGAGCGGCGCGAGGAGAUGAUGGCGGCGAUUCAGCAGUCGAAAGAAAUCUGGGACCAAUUGGGAGACGAAAGUAUGGAAGCCUGGAAGGCAUCCGGCAUUCUGGGUGUGAUGCUCGGAAAACUGAACACGAUCCCGGGUCUGGAAAACGGGGCUGCGCCGAACAUACCGUUUGAGCCGCAAGACGAGAAGCAGAAUGCCGCUAUGACGCUCGGUCUGCUGAGUAGUGGGAUGAGCCCGAUGAACUCAGGUCCGGCCUCCUUCCCGGAUCCAAUGUUCAAAAUGGCGGGUUCGCCCAUGCCAACUGCGGGAGUGAGCAAUCCCACCGAAAUCUCGGGUGCGCUCUCGCCGUUCAGUAGCAUGUUCGGCCAGAUGCCGGACAUGCAGGCCAACCUCGACUGGGAUGCAUGGGACACCUACAUCCAAAAUCCAACUCUUGACACAACCAACCAAUUCUGGCACAUGAUGGACGCACAACGGCAGCCAACACCACAGACCGUCGGCAUGUCCCAACCAUCUGUGACUAGUCCUCUGGCCUCAACACGGCUGACAACACCCUAUUCCGCUGCCAUGGGUGUCAUCCCAUCGGAGAGCAAGGGCCCGCGGGCACCCAACAUAUUUUCUCCGCCAUUUAGCAGCUCCGAUAGCGGUGGCCAUAGCUUUAGCACGCCCUCGACAUCCCAGCCCGGAACCAUCGUCCGUACCAGGCAUCCUCUCAGCCGAGCCGCAACGCGGCUUUUCAAGUCAUCCUCGUCGUUGACAUUCAAUUCUACUGUUGCUGCGCGACCACGAUGCGCCCUUUCUCUUCCCUCUGCUCCCCCUUUUGCGCAGCGCCGUUUCGCUCUCCCGUCCAGUCUCCAGACACGAUGGAACUCCUCUUCUAGUUCAUCUAGACCAUUGGAUCAAGAAAAGACAGAGGAGCCCCAAGUGGAUCGCCCUGACUCGGUCCGGCCCGAAGAAGAUUUGGCAAAUUUGAGGAGAUCCGAGGCGCAUAGUCCUGCGAGGGCGGAGAGGGAACGAGGCCCUGUCAGAGCGGAAUAUGAGUCCGAGACACCUGAGGAAGGAAAGCGGGCGCGGCGACAUCAAAUGCUGAAUAAAUCGCUGAAACGCAAGGAGACGGUGUACGUGGGAAAUCUGUUCUUCGAUAUGACGGCGGACGAUCUCCGGACGGCGAUGGAAAAGUUUGGGGUUGUGGAGAUGGCGAGUAUUAUUCACGAUAACCGGGGGCUGAGCAAAGGAUUCGGUUAUGUCCGCUUCAGCACCAUCGAAGAGGCUGAGAAAGCCAUCGAACAACAGCAUAUGCAGGUGCUGGAAGGAAGAACCACUGUUGUGCAAUUUGCCAACACGGCGAUGUCGCGUUCCGAAAUUGACAAGACUGCUCCAACCUUCACGCUGUUUAUCGGCAAUGUGCCGUACGAAAUGACAGACCAGGACGUGAAUGCUCUAUUCGAGGGUAUCCAUAAUAUCGUCGACGUGCGCAUUCCCGUGGACCGCCGCUCGGGAAUGCCUCGUGGGUUCAUGCAUGUCGAGUUCCUGGAUGUCCCCAGCGCUGUCCGGGCAAAGGAGAUGCUGUCAUUGAGGGACCCCUAUGGCCGCAAACUGCGGCUCAAUUAUGCGGCGCCUAUGAAGAUGCAGCAGCGGAGGUCCAUCCCCGAGGAGCCGGAGAUGUAA